CUGGGUCGUAUAUGUUGAACAGUGAGGAAUGGCGUGUGACACUUAUCGUUGAUCUCGCCUCCAAAUUUUUAUUAAAACCUGUGUACGCAAAUCGUGAUUUGUCGAAGACAGUGCCCUUACAAAAUGAUCGUCACUCCGAGGCACAGAGGUUAACUUUCGUUACCGUGUUUGUGGGACAAUGAUUGCCGUUCCGUAAGUGUGUACAACUCUUGCCGAAAGGGAGUCGCUUAGACGCGACGACGGUCGAGAGUAAUGAAAAACCUCAAUGUCGACUUGAAACGCUUCUACGUUCUCGGCAUUUUCAUUUCAACGUGCAUAACCACGAUUGCGAGUUCCCCGGCGAGGAUAAAACCGUCGACGGUCGCAGACGUUAUCGCCAGCGACCGUGAUGUCUGCGAUUCUACGAAGGUUCUGUUUAAUUCUAGUCUAGCAGAGACAUGUAGGGAUGUGGAAUAUCCUUUAAAGAAACUUCCAUUGAUUGGUAGAACAGUGGACACGUUUCUGUGUUUGGGGAUUUAUGACACAAGCUACCUUAUGUGUAAACUAAACGAUACCGACGCCCACCUGGCGGAGAUUGGGAAAGAAUUUGACAGCAAAUUCAGUAAAACAACGAAGAAAAUCUCACUCCAGGAUGUUUGUUCCGCCUUGGCGACGAGUUCUCAACCUAAGUACAACAAGACGUUAAACGAGGUUGUAGAGCUUAACCGGUGGUUGCACAAUGUGACGGAAUGUGAGCGGUUAUGUACCAACUUGGACUCCACGAUGAACCCAUUGUGUGUAUUAUUACUGUGGAGUAGACAGUUCGUAGGACAGGUGCAACUCCCUCGGAAAGAGAGCAAAGAAGCAAGCGUAGCAGAGAAGGUCGACGAGAACUUAACUCACGAGACGAAGCAAAGUAGUCAAACCGAGAGUCAGCCUGUUUCGACGAUUCAACAUGUCGCUAAUAAUGGAACUUUGCAACAACUAAAUACUACCGUUCGGCAGGAAAAUUUGUCCAACACGGCACAGCCACUAGCAGAUAGUAAUAAAUUACAGAGUGUAGAAACUUCACACGUUGCCGAUGUUAAUAAUUCUAAUAAAGAACAUGCAGCGGUAGAACAAAUUAAACUUACCACCGUGGGUCCAACGGUCCCUCCAAGUAAAAAUAAAAACCCUCAAUCUUCUCCUAAAAAGAUACCCAUGCAAAAGAAAAUGGAAGACCCUGUAAGUAUUCCGAGUGGGGUACAGGAACCGUCGGGAAAUGGAAAGAAUUCAAAGACCAAGAGUCAAGAGACCAGCACACUUUCUGAUAACACUCAAGAUCAAGAGGAAUUACCGAAUCAGCAGGAUUAUAAUCACGAUGAUGAUAAUCCAUUGGAUUUAAGUACUGAUAAUCACAAUCAGUUGGAGACAUCGGAGCAGAGAGAGAUCCUGCCCUUUCAUACAAUGAGGGUGGAGGAAGACUCCCACUUUUUUGCGUACUUUACAGUCAUCUCCGUACUUUGUAUAUGUGGAUACAUUGGUUAUCAUAAUAAGCAAAAGAUUCUAGCCAUUGCUCUGGAAGGACGAAGGGGCAAGAGUGGACGGGGCAGACGAAGACCGAGCACAGCCAGCUAUCGCAAGUUAGAUUGUACACUGGAAGAAGCAGUCACCUCGCAGUGCAACUCCAAUGUCACACACGUAAUUUAUUAAUGCACAGUACUUCACAGCGAGUCCCACGAUUACUGUAUCAUAGCAUUACAGGUGUAAGGUGUUUUGUAUUUAUAUGUGUUUCUUCUGUAGUGACGUUUCGAUUCUUCACACACACGACACUCGUUCCACCUGUAUACAUUGAGUUGGUUUCUCGCAGAUUGGAACUUGUCGAUUCUCAAUGUUCGUAGCACCACAUUCUCUUUAUCAGGAAAUAAUUUACACGUUUAAUCGUAACAUCGUCUUAAUUGUGUCCGUCUACUUUUGGCAUCCAGUGUUAGACGGGUCAGAAUAUUUUUCUAUUUAAAAGGUGUUUUAAAGCAACGAAAGCCUGCCUUAUUCCAGUUAGUUGUGGAAGGUGUCUUCGCUGCUUUCGUUCACUCGUAUUAUGUCAAACGCGGUCGCACAGAAGGACUGUCAACUAUUUAUUUAUAUAAAUAACGUGGAACCUCGAAGCUCGAGAUCAUUCUUGUAAUGAAUAAGGUAGAUUAAGUUCGCGAAAUGUGCUUAUCCUUGUCAAACUGAAAUCAACUUCGUGGCAGAGUCACGCUUAAACGGGGACUAUUACGUAAAAUCUUACUAAUUUGCUCUUAGGAAUAAUAUCUGUAAAUUAUGUUACGAUUUCUACGCUAAUAAAUGCUAAAUGGAAAUUUA